GUUAUAUUUCAGUUUCAUAAAAAGCUGUGGAAAUAAAUUUAUUUCAACGGUUAUGUGGAAUUUUAAUUAAUUUAUUUAUUUAUUUAUUUUUUGAAACUGCAAAAUAGUUAAUGGAUCCAUUUUAUCUCUUUCUUUUCUAUUUCGUGUACCAAACAAUCUCUCAAAUUACAGUAUCCACGUCAUCCAGUAUCAAGUUGGGAAAAAACCUUGGAAAAAUAACAAUUUUGUGGGGACCAUAAAUAAUCACGCAUGAGAACUUGUCCCAGUGCCACGUGUACUUGGGUUUAUCUAAUAUGAAUCCAUCUUCCAGAGCUACAAAUGUCGAACUCAAAGUUUAAAGCUCUAAGGAUUUGCAUCUUCCGCUUAAUACUUGUACCUUUUUUGGAGAUUCAGCCAUUUCAGACGUGAAAAAAGGACCUCUCUCUUUCUCUGAUGAUCUGGAUCUUAAUCGGCGACGGUUCUCCCUCCACAAACAGAAAUAGUAAAUUCAUCGGAGAAAAUGCAUUCCCAUCACUUGCAACUCGAGGAACCUAUCCGAAUGGCUUCAAUUCUCGAGCCUUCUAAACCUAGCUUCUUUCCCGCCAUGACGAAGAUCGUCGGAACCCUGGGCCCGAAAUCGCGAUCCGUUGAAAUCAUUUCGAGCUGCCUUCAAGCUGGGAUGUCAGUUGCAAGGUUUGAUUUCUCAUGGGGUGACACGGAAUUUCAUCAAGAGACACUGGAAAAUCUUAAGCUGGCUAUCAGGAGCACAAAAAAGCUAUGUGCUGUGAUGUUGGACACUGUGGGUCCAGAGUUGCAAGUUGUGAACAAAACUGAGCAUCCUAUUUCUCUGGAAGCAGAAACCUUGGUCAUUCUCACACCCAAUCAAGAAAAAGAAGCCACUUCCAAUCUUUUACCAAUAAACUUUAGUGGGCUUUCAGAGGCAGUGAAGACUGGUGAUACAAUAUUUAUAGGUCAAUAUUUGUUCACAGGAAGUGAAACAACUUCAGUAUGGUUGGAGGUAAAUGAGGUGAAAGGAGAAGAUGUUGUUUGUUUGAUAAAGAAUUCUGCUACUCUAUCUGGUUCGUUAUUCACCUUGCAUGUAUCCCAAAUACGUAUUGAGUUGCCAACUCUCACUGAUAAAGAUAAGGAGGUUAUUAGCACAUGGGGAGUGCGUAACAAGAUAGACUUCCUUUCUUUGUCAUAUACCCGUCAUGCAGAAGACAUUCGACAUGCUCGUGACUACCUCUCGAAAUUAGGCGAUCUGAGUCAAACUCUGAUUUUUGCAAAGAUUGAAAAUUUUGAGGGCCUUACCCAUUUUGAUGAGAUCCUACAAGAAGCAGAUGGUAUAAUCCUUUCUCGAGGAAACCUUGGCAUAGAUCUACCUCCAGAGAAGGUGUUUUUGUUUCAAAAGGCAGCUGUUUACAAGUGUAACAUGGCUGGAAAGCCAGCAGUGAUUACGCGUGUUGUGGACAGCAUGACCGACAACUUAAGACCCACUCGAGCAGAGGCAACUGAUGUUGCCAAUGCCGUAUUGGAUGGAAGUGAUGCAAUUAUUCUAGGUGCUGAGACUUUGCGAGGAUUAUACCCGGUUGAUACUAUCUCCAUUGUUGGUAAAAUUUGUGCAGAGUCAGAGAAGGUAUUCAAUCAAGAUUUAUACUUCAAGACAACUGUUAAAUAUGUUGGAGAACCCAUGUCCCACUUGGAAUCCAUUGCUUCCUCUGCGGUGCGCGCUGCCAUCAAGGUCAAGGCUUCUGUUAUCAUCUGUUUCACAUCAUCAGGAAGAACUGCAAGAUUGAUAGCAAAAUAUAGACCAACAAUGCCUGUCAUAUCGGUUGUCAUUCCUCGGCUCAAAACAAAUCAACUACGAUGGACAUUUACUGGCGCUUUUGAGGCAAGACAAACUCUUAUUGUUAGAGGUCUCUUUCCAAUACUUGCAGAUCCUCGACAUCCGGCCGAGUCAACAAGUGCAACAAAUGAGUCAAUCUUAAACAUCUCAUUGGAUCAUGGAAAAGCCAUUGGUCUCAUCAAGUCACAUGAUCGUGUUGUCAUUUGCCAAAAGGUUGGUGAUGAUUCUGUCGUCAAAAUCAUCGAGCUUCAAGAGUAAAUCAUAUUUCUGAUUCGGCUAAUCAACAAUUUGACAUGUCUGUACAAUAAAUACACAUAUUCUGCAACUAGCCAGAAAGAAAAACAACCAGAUUAUGUUAUUCCAUUUGAAGUAUUCAUCACCCAGAAUGAUUCAACAAAACUACCUAAUAAUCUUCAUGUAUCCCUUUUUCCCCAAAUGAUACCAACAAACGAGACUUGUAACAUAACAUAACAAAAACAUCAAAAACAGAUCAACCAACAACAAAACGCUACAAAACAAACAUCAAAUAAUGCUGUCUAAUUUCUAAAAUCUACCCAUGUUUUGCUUGAAAAUCCUUCAUGAAAGCAACCAAUUUCUCAACACCAGCAAAAGGCAUUGCAUUAUAAAUCGAAGCCCUCAUUCCACCAACCGAUCUAUGCCCCUUUAAUUGAACCAUAUUCUCUUUAGCAGCUUCCUUCACAAACUCACCUUCCAAUUCCGAUUUCUCAAGUGUAAACGGCACAUUCAUCAACGACCUCACAGAUUUCUCAACCGGACACCUGUAAAACCCUUUGCUCUCAUCAAUCGCAUCGUAGAGAAUCUGCGCCUUCUUCAUGUUAUUCUUUUCAACCUCCACCAAACCACCCUGCGCCAACAGAUCUUCAAACACCAAUCCACACAUGUAAAUCCCGUAACAAGGUGGUGUGUUGUAUAACGAAUUGUUGUCGGCGUGGAUCUUGUAAUCCAACAUCACCGGUGUAAUCUCUUGAGCGUUUCCGAUCAAAUCCUUCCUUAUGAUCACUAUCGUGACACCAGAUGGACCGACGUUCUUCUGAGCUCCGGCGUAAAUGAUCCCGAAUUUGGAAACAUCCACCGGCUUUGAACAGAAGUUGGAGGACAUAUCAGCGAUUAGAAGCGCGUCUUUGUUUUUAGGUGUCGGGUAGUCUUUGAACUCUACGCCGUGAAUAGUUUCAUUCGCGCAUAUAUGCAAAUACCUGGCGUUCGGGUUCUGAUCCAACUCAUCGAACGACGGAAUCGCGGUGUAUUUCUCCGAUUUACCGGACCAGAUCACCUUAGGCUUACAGUAUUUUGUUGCUUCCUUGAAUGCCUUGUCACCCCACGACCCGGUCACAAUGUAAUCAACGGGAUCUUCGGGUUUACAGAUGUUGAGAGGGAUGCUGGCGAAUUGGGUGGUGGCGCCGCCUUGGAGGAAGAGAACGGCGUAAUCUUCGGAGAUAUCGAGUAACUUUCUCAGAUCUGACUCUGCUUUUUGGAUGAUUGAGAGGAAUUCCUUCCCUCUGUGACUCAUCUCCAUAACACUCAUUCCAGCUCCCCGCCAAUUGUAGAGCUCCGAUUCGGCUUUCCGGAGAACAUUUUCGGGCAGCGUGGCGGGUCCAGCAGCGAAAUUAAAAACCCGAUCUUGAGCGGAGGCCGAAGAUGGUGGUGCAGCGACGGUGGCGGAGUAUGAACAUGUGAUUGAGAUGGGCUUGUUGGUGGCGCGUUUGAUCGGGAAGGCAUGGGUGGAAGGGGUGGUGGUGGUUGAGGUUUUUAAGAUGCUAGGGUUUUUCAAGAGGAGGGUGUGAGGGGUAUUGGCUGACAUUGCCAUGGCUGCCUUGAAAUUAGAAGGUUGGAUGCAGAUUUUGAGGGCGUGUAUGUAUGUGUAUAUAUAGGACAAAAUAUAAAAAUAAUAAUUAAUAUAUGUUUAUAUGUUUAUAAAAUCAAUUACUAUAUAUUUAAAAACAAACAUUUUAAGAUAAUCGCAUAAAUGUAUCGCAUUAUCUUUAAUCACAAAAAUGACCAAAUGAUUGUUCAUAAUUAUAGAAAAUGACUAUGAUUCACUGUGAAUCAUUCACAUAAUCUGAAAUUAGUUUUUUAGGACCUAGAUCCUAUUGAUUCGACCCAUUUAGUUGUCGAUCUAUUAAAAAAAAAAUCCAAAAUAUACACUACAUCCCUUAACGGCAUUCCAUACCCUCUCUAAGAUUUGGAAAGUUAAUAUAUCUCACCAUUAUUAGACUCUGAUAUUUCUUAUGGUGUUCAGGUUCUUAGUCUAUAUAUGGCUAUAUGCACAAACUUAGAAAAUCUCAUUUAAAAAUUACUUUGAGACUAUUAAGAUAUUUGAAAAGCAAUCCAUGAAAUUGGGUUGCUUUGUCUAAAUCUAAUGGGUUUGAGUUAAAAGGUUUUAUAGAUGCAAAUUGUGCUAAGUGUUUAUCCAUAAGGAGGUCUGAAAUUAUUUAUAUGAUUUAACUUCAUAAUUCACUGGUUCAUGGAAGAGUAAGAAACGAUCUACUGUUUCUAGGUCUUCUACUGAAUCAGGUAUAGAGUUCAUGGUUUCAUUACUUGUGAAAUAAUUUGGAUUUUGAAAAUUAUGUUUGAAUUGGGUAUAAAAGAUCUUACUCAUGUAUUUGUUUUUUUGUGAAAUGAUUCAACAAUUAAAUUGGCUCUUAAUUUGAUUUUUCAUGUAAGUACUAAGCAUUUUAAAAUAGAUCUUCACUUUGUUAGAGAAAAAAUCUAUAAUGAUGUGUUGAAAAUGGUUAAGAUCAGUUCUUUUGAUCAAAAUGUUGACAUUCUUACUAAAUCAUUAUGUUUUACACAACCUAAUUUUUUGUCAAAAUAAAAUAGAGCUUAUUGAUGUUGUUAAAAAGAAAAAAUAAAUAUUUCGAUUGAGGGGGGUGUCGAAAAUACUAGGUAUUUUUUAAUAUUAAAUCUCAUAUAUAUUAAUUAAUUAUUAAGUUUAGGUGUUUUGUGUCCAUAUUACAAUUCCUGGUUUUGUCGCAUUAAUCAAAUAAUUUUUUUUAUAAUGAGUUAUUCCAGGUAUUUUGGGAAUGAUGUGGAUUGCGACUCGCUUCUUUCAAUCUAUAGGUAUGACACGCGGAUCUUAUCCAUGGAUAAUAUCCAAGACCCGGGGUAUAAAUUGGUGAGAUGUGAAGGGUUUCGUCAUAUCCAGAUCAUUUUUGUGCUCCUAAUACUCUCUCUCUCUCUCUCUCUCUC